AUGGCGAAAGAAUUCGUCGUCGGAGAUGACAGCGGCUGGAAAACUAAUUUUGACUACGAAGCUUGGGCCAAAGACAAAGUAUUUCGUGUUGGCGACACACUAGUGUUCAAUUACAAGGCUCCUAAUCACAAUGUGUUCAAGGUGAACGGAACUGGGUUCAAGGAAUGCAUUAAGCCAACAGAAAACGAAGCACCACUUUCCACUGGAAAUGACAAAAUAGACCUAAAGAUCUCUGGAAAUAAAUGGUACAUUUGUUCUGUUAAGGAUCAUUGUGAGUUGGGCAUGAAGCUCUUCAUUACCGUCUCCGAUGAGUCAUCUGCUGUUCGUGGCAUCACAUUAUCUGGUUCAUAUCAAGCUUUCAUGGCCGUCAUCAUGGCAAUCACGGCAAUUGCAGCGUUAUCCACAUGA